GCAGAUAAACCUGGGACUGCCAAGAAGGUGGAAGCCGAAGAGGAGGAAAUAGACAUUGACCUGAACGCCCCCGAGACCGAGAAGGCCGCGCUCGCCAUCCAGGGCAAAUUCCGGCGCUUCCAGAAACGGAAAAAGGACCCCAGCUCCUGAGCGGCCGCGAUGCCAAGCCUACCUCUCCACUCUGCUCUCUCCUCUUUUCCUGGCAACCCACCCUUCCUCCUUGCCCCAAACACUCCUCGCAAAGCCUGGCUCACUCAAUAUCGUCGUAUCUGCCCCUGUUAAGUGGGACUAGUCGUCUCUUUUGGCUCCCUCCUUUUUGCACGUACUAUAUCUUACUCAGAGCAGGGACUGGGGUGGGUUUUUUGGGGCGGGGCGGGGCUGGAGAGGGGAGAACAACAAACAAACAAACAAACAAACAAACAGGGCUUCUCUUGAGCUCAUGCACAUCCUAACCCCCACAUCCACUCCUUUUAUCCCCAAUAGCCAUGAUAAAGCAGUGCAGCAUUGUCCUUUGGAGAAAGCCAUGGAUGCUUUGGGGAACGGGGUGGCCUUGGGGCAAGUGGUAGAGGAUAACCACUGCUAGAUUUCCCAUAUUUUUUGGAAAUGUCUGCACUUUGAAAACUGGCCUACCCCUUAAGGGUGGCUUUACGGGUCAGUUCAUGCUUCUACGCAUCCUUUCUUCUACAAAUAUGAACCGAAGUAUAUAAAAUCCUUAGAACCUCAUUGGGACAUCGGGGAAACCAUUCCCAUUAAAUACAUACAUCCGGUGA